AUGAGCCACUGCCGGAGGGAGAAAGAUGUGGUAGGACGGGUUUCACUCCUUGUUUCUGGUUUCUGGUGCUCAGGUGGAAGAAGAUCAACAAUAAUAAUCGAGGUAGAAAAGCAUUUAACAACUCGAUGGACUGAUCUAGACACGGUAGCACGCAUGAAGAUGUGGAACAGUGCAGUGAGAAGACAACAGAAGAAGAUGUUUAUUGAUUUUUACACAUGCAAAAAAAUUUAA